AUGGCGUCCGCUGCCGAUACCGCCAUUGCGCUGGAGAAGACGGCCGCACACCAUGUGGAGGAUACUUUGGGCCAGGGCGCGAUCCUGGAGGCCAAGCAGGCCACUGACGAUGAACAUUCUCAGACUUUGAUGCAGUGCCUGCGGGAGAAUCGCAAGGCAGUGAUGUGGUCUGUUCUGGUCUCUGUGUCCAUCGUCAUGGAAGGAUACGACACCAUCCUCAUGGGCAACUUCUUCGCCUACCCGGAGUUUCAGAAGAAAUAUGGACAGGACUAUGGCGGCGAUAUUGGAUGGCAGGUCUCGGCUCCAUGGCAGACGGGCCUGAACAUGGCCAGCACUGUGGGAUGCAUUUUUGGGGGUAUUCUGAACGGGUACUGCGCGUCCAAGUAUGGGUAUCGGAUUGUGAUGGUGAUUGCGCUGGGAUUCCUAAUUUGUUUCAUCUUCAUCACCGUGUUCGCCAACUCGGCGGCGGUCCUCCUGGUCGGACAGGUCUUGUGCGGAUUAUCAUGGGGAGUCUUUGCGACCAUCGGCCCUGCAUAUGCUUCUGAAGUCUGCCCCACGAAUCUGCGCGGAUAUCUCACCAUCUACGUCAACAUGUGCUGGGCCAUUGGUCAACUGAUCGCCUCGGGCGUGCUGUACGGGCUGGUUGGUCGAACGGACCAAUGGUCAUACCGCAUCCCUUUCGCUCUGCAGUGGAUUUGGCCAGUGCCCCUCAUCGCCAUCUGCUGGCUGGCCCCGGAGAGUCCCUGGUGGCUCGUUCGUAAGGAUCGCCUCGAGGAUGCGAAGCGCAGUAUCCGUCGAUUGGGCGGCUCUAAGACAGAAGAGCAGAUCAACGGCCAGCUCGCGAUGAUGGUGCACACCAUCAAGAUCGAGGCGGAGAUCGAAGCAGGCACCACCUACUACGAUUGCUUCAAGGGUGUCGACCUGCGCCGCACUGAAGUCUGCUGCGUGGCGUUCGUGGGCCAGAUCUUGUCCGGGAGCACAUUCGCCUACUCGCCCACUUACUUCUUCACCCAGGCCGGCAUGGACACUAGCCGCUCUUUCCAGCUGGGCGUGGGCUGCACGGGUGUGGCCUUCGUCGGCACCGUGUUGUCUUGGUUCUUGAUCACCGGCUUUGGUCGUCGCACCCUCUAUGUCUGGGGUCAGGCCAUUCUGUGCACGACCUUGUUCCUCAUCGGCAUCCUCAACGCCGCAUCCGACACCAACGGCGCGAUGUGGGGACAGGCGGCGCUUUGUUUCUUCUGGCUCUUCACCUAUUCCUUGACUGUGGGACCCAUCACUUAUGCCAUUGUCUCUGAGAUGUCUUCUGUGCGCCUGCGCCCGCUGACCGUCUGCCUGGCGCGCACCUCCUACCAGAUCAUCAACGUGGUCUCGCAAGUUCUGCAACCCUACUUCAUGAACCCGACCGCCUGGAAUGCGUCCGGUAAGACGGGCUUCUUCUGGGGUGCCACCGCACUGGUCGCGUUCUUGUGGGCAUUCUUCCGUCUCCCGGAGCCCAAGGACCGUACCUAUGCGGAGCUGGACAUCCUCUUUGCGACCAAGGUGCCUGCUCGCAAAUUUGCGUCGACUGUGGUGGAUGCCUAUGCGGUGGCCCCUUCUGUGUCGCAGGAAGGUUUGGUGCGCGAGGUUACGGAGACGAAACACUGA